AUGGUGGCAGAUACCGCCUACUAUGAUGUCUUGGGCGUCCCGACAAAUGCGACAGAGAUACAAAUUAAAAAGGCAUAUAGAAAACUAGCCAUCACCACUCAUCCGGACAAGAAUCCCGGAGAUGAAACUGCCCAUGAACGAUUCCAGGCGAUCGGCGAAGCCUAUCAAGUCCUAAGUAAUGAGCAGCUACGAAAACAGUAUGAUAAGUUUGGUAAAGACCAAGCGGUGCCCGAUAGCGGGUUCGAGGACCCCGCGGAAUUUUUCAGUAUGAUCUUUGGAGGCGGUGCCUUCAUUGAUCUUAUUGGCGAAAUUUCCCUCAUGAAAGAUAUUACGCAGACCAUGGAUAUCACUAUGCAGAAUGAAGAGGAGGAUGAACAAGCAGAACAAGCAGAGCUGGCGGAGGCAGCAAAGGAAAAACUCCAUGUACAUGACAAACCUCGUCCGGAGCAUUCAUCCCAAAAGACAAGCGGAAGCACUCCCCCCCCCCCUCAAUUCACGGAUCAGAAGGAAUCCACGAGUGUCCCGGAGCUGAAAGUUCUUUCUACCGAUGUCCCCCACCAAUCAGGUCCGAGCUCCGGCGCCAAUACUCCUCAAGAGACGGAGCUGCGGAAGAAGGAGAAGAAAAAGGGCGGCCUUCACAAGGAACCAGCGGAACGCCUAGCGGCUUCCGAAAUGGAAAGAAAGACGUCAGCGGGAAGAACGGAUCAACAUUUCUUUCCCAGAAAACUCAUUGACCGCAUUAGUAUCUGGACAGAAACCGACAUGGGACAGGAUGUAACGCGCGCGUUUGAAGAGAAGAUUCGUCUAGAAGUCGAAAACCUCAAAAUGGAAUCCUUUGGACUGGAAAUCCUCCACGCAAUUGGCACGACCUACAUACAAAAGGGCACAGCAUUCCUGAAAUCCCAGAAGUUUCUAGGCAUCUCUGGUUUCUGGUCGAGGCUGAAGGACAAAGGCACCUUGGCAAAGGAAACAUGGCACGCCGUUUCUACAAUGGUCGAUGCCCAGAUGAGUGCGGAGCAUAUGGCGCAACUGGAGGAACGGGGCGGCGAGGAUUGGACUGAUGAGAAGAUGGCAGAACAGGUCAAAAUUGUCACAGGGAAGAUGCUUGCAGCUGCGUGGCGUGGAAGUAAAUUUGAGAUUCAGAGCGUCCUCCGGGAUGCUAAACGUACUCCAGAAGAGGAGGGUGAUUACAUGGCCUUCGAACAGUUGAUGGCGGAGGCUACUGCUAAGAAAGCCAAGAAUGAGAAAAAAAGGGAUGGUAAAAAGCCAAAGACAGAAUCUGCUAGCGAUACUCAAGGACCUUCGGAACAGGGUACGUCAAACUGA